AUGGCGGACGCAGCGCAGAUUGACGAGGCGCUAAAGCAGUUGACGGCGAUCCAAGACGAACUAGACAAGGUCAACGAGGAGGCGAGUGACAAGGUGUUGGAAGUAGAACAGAAGUACAACAAGCUAAAGCGGCCCAUUUACGAGCGACGCCAGCAAUUAAUAUCGGAAGUUAACGACUUCUGGAUGACAGUGCUUCUCAAUCACAAUCUUCUUCACGCGUUUUUCACAGAAGAGGAUAGACAGGCACUGGAGUAUCUGAGGGGGUUAGACGUGGAGGACUAUAAAGACAUCAAGUCGGGCUACAGCAUCACCUUUACGUUCGCGGAGAACCCAUACUUUUCGAAUAAGGAGCUGACCAAGAGCUACAAGUACAUGGAGGAGGGCACUGCCAACGUGGAGGGCACCAAGAUCGAAUGGAAGGAAGGCAUGGACCUGACGGCACCAAAUCCCAAGCAGGACAAGCCAGGGAAGAAGAGACCACUGGAGAAGCAGGAGAGGUGA